GAAAGGCACAUGAGUCAUGAGAGAGAUGAGCGGGCGACCCGCACCGGCGAGUCCAGCCCCACCCCCACCUCUCGCCUCCGACCAGAUCUCCCAUCUCCGCCGCCCAUGAAGUGCCACUCGGUGGCCGCGCUCUGGUCGCCGUCGCCGCCGUCCCACCACAUCACCGCCGCCGCCGCCACCCCCGCCGCGCUCUUCACCGGCGCGGCCGACGGCACCAUCCUCCACUGGCCGCUCCUUUCCUCCCCAUCCCCGCGCCCCUCCUCCCUCCUCUGCGCGCACGCCGCGGCCAUCACCUCCCUCUGCCCCCUCCCCUCGUCCCACUCCCCUCCCUGCCUCCUCGCCUCCUGCGCCGCGGGCGUCGUCUCCCUCUUCUCCGCCUCCGCCUCCGCCUCCCUCCGCUGCCUCCGCCGCCGCUCGCUCCCGCCCUGGGCCGGGUCCCCUUCCCUCGUCGCGCCCCUCCCUCCCUCCCCCGGCUCGUCCACCGCCAGGGUCGCGAUCCUCUGCCGCGCCGCCCCGGACGACGGCCAGCGCCACGUGUCCGCCGUCGUGGUUGUUGACGCCCGCACCCUCGUCGUGCUUCGGACCUCCUUCCACGGCGCCCUCUCCAUCGCGCCGCCAAAGGCGAUCGCGGUCGCGGCCGGCGUCGGGGAUGCCGUCAGCGUUGUGCUCGCUGAUGUGCAGGGGCGGACGCAGGUGGUUCCCGUGGCGGAGGGCGUGGCCUUCGAGGGGGACUCGCCGAGGCGACUCAGUGUGAGCUCGGCGUCUAGCAUUGCGUCUGCCGAGACGGUGGAUGGAAAGGUGGAGGCUGUGUCGUUGUCUGAUGAUGGGAAGGUGGUGGCGUUGGUGAUGAAGAAUAGCUGCUUGUUGAAGUGCGUCUCCGAAGGCGUCGUGCUGGGUGAGGUGUCUCUACCGGGUGAUCUGCUUUGCAAGGAAGGGGAGACAGGGGUGAAGGGAUGCCUUGUUGGAGGGUUUUUCCUCCAUGGUGUGGAGUGGGAAGCACAUGGUUCCGAGGAUGGCAUUGCGGUCAGGAGGUUGGUGUUGUGGAGUAGAAAUGGUUUUGCCAUAGUGUACAGGUUUGUGAUUGGUACUGGAUCAUUUGGGUUUAAAGCUGUCUGUGAAAUUCCUUGCAUUGCGUCGGAGCAAGGAGAUAAUUCCUUGGUUCAAUUUUGUCAGUCUGGUAACCAGCUUGUUAGGGUGGAAUCUCGCUCAUAUAGGGUUGCGGGAUCAUUGUUGUGGAAACCAUUUGUCUCCAUAUGGUCUGUGGAUCAACUAGAACUGAAUAUUGCAAAUAAUGUAGAUAAACCACCUUUGAGCAAAGUUGUCGGCGAAGGUGGUCUUCAGGGAGAAGAAUUUAGGUCAGAGCCCUCUCAUUUGCCAUGCCAGUCGAACAGUCGACUGGACAUAAAUUCAAUGAUAAGCUCAUCAGACAGCAAUGGAUUGGGAAGGCAUGGAGGGACAGUGUCUUCUUCAAUGGUACUUUCUGAGGAUUCCUAUGCUCCAUAUGCUGUUGUUUAUGGUUUCCAUAAUGGUGAUAUUGAAGUAAUCCGAUUUCUCAACCUGUUACCAGCUGCAAAAUUUGGCGGUGGAGGGAUUUACCCACACAUUACAGAAAGAUUCUUUUUGGGGCACACAGGAGCAAUUCUUUGCUUGGCUGCACAUCACAUGCACGCUCAUUCUGAUUCCAGAACUUUUAACCGAGUGCUUAUAUCGGGGAGUUUUGAUUGUACAGUUCGUGUUUGGGAUCUGGAUGCUGGCACGGUUCUUUCUGUCAUGCAUCAUCAUGUUUCCCCAGUUAAACAAAUUAUUCUACCGUCAGCUUUGACUCAUCAACCUUGGGAUGAUUGCUUUCUUUCUGUUGGAGAAGAUGGCCUCGUGGCUCUUGUUUCUCUUCAAACGAUGAGAGUUGAAAGGAUGUUUCCUGGCCAUCUUGGUUACCCAUCGAUGGUAGCAUGGGAUGGAGUCAAAGGUUACAUAGCUUGUUUAUGCCGGAAUAUCCACUCCUGUAAUGAUGCAGGGAGUCUACUGUAUAUCUGGGAUCUGAAAACGGGUUCUCGAGAUAGAAUUAUUACAGGUACAUUGUCCCAAUCAACAUUUGAACACUUCUGCAGAGGCAUCUUCAAGAAUGCAGUUACAGGCAGCAUCUUGGGAGGGACAACUUCGGCAUCCUCACUACUUGUUCCAAUUUUCAAAGACACAAGCCUCCUUCAGUCUCAUGAAAAUAAAAAGGGUCUUAACAUAUCAUCUGUAUCAACAAAUAAUCACUGUGCAAAUACAGAUUCUGUGACUAUAAGUGUCCCUGCGGUAUAUGAUGUUAAGGGGAAGAUGUCAGCUACAGAUGAAGUACAUGAAUUCCACAGAAAUAAUCCUGCAAAUAGUUCAGGAAAGAUUGCCUCUGGUCAGAGCAUAAACAAAAGAGGAAAACAUCCCAUAAAGUGCUCUUGCCCAUAUCCUGGCAUUGCAAGCUUGAGAUUUGAUCUCACGGCAAUCAUGUCUACACAAGGCAUGCCAAACAACAAUAAUGAUAGGCAGUUGAGAGAUUAUUUUUACAGGGAUAAUGUUAAAGAUCCUAUACAGCCUGAAACUUGUGACAAUACUUCUGGAAUACAUGUAAUUGAUAGCCCUUCUAGAGAAUCAUUGGAAGGGCGUUUACUUCGAUUUAGCCUCUGUUUUCUGCAUUUAUGGGGUAUUGAUCAUGAGCUAGAUAAAUUACUUGUAGAUGAAAUGCAAGUUUGCAAGCCAGAAGGCUGCCAUAUAGCUACAGGUGUGGUGGGGGAUAGAGGGUCGUUUACAUUAAUGUUCCCAGGAAAAGAAGCCACUCUUGAGCUUUGGAAGGCAUCGCCUGAAUUUUGUGCUAUGAGAUCAUUGUCCAUAGUUUCUCUGGCACAACGCAUGAUAACAUUAUCUCGAUCUUGUACAAAUGCUAGCAGUGCCUUGGCAGCAUUUUAUACUAGGAACUUUGCUGAGAAAGUACCAGAUAUAAAGUCUCCAUCCCUUCAGCUUCUGGUGAGCUUUUGGCAACAUCCUUCUGAACAUGUGCGUAUGGCCGCACGCUCCCUGUUUCACUGUGCAGCUCCACGCUCUAUUCCCAAACCCCUCCAUGUACAGAAAACCAAAGUAUUGACACAGUUGAAAGUAGAUGGUGAAGAUGUUCAGAAAGAAGAUCAUGAUACUUCUGAGAUAAAUUCAUGGUUGGAAUCAUUUGAAAAUCAAGAGUGGCUAUCUUGGAUUGGAGGAACGAGUCAGGAUGCAGUGGCAUCAAAUAUCAUUGUAGCAGCUGCUUUGGUUGUUUGGUACCCAAGCAUUGUGAAAUCUAAGCUCGCUCAUUUGGUUGUUAAUCAACUAAUCAAGUUAGUUAUGUCGAUGAAUGAUCGUUACAGUUCAACAGCAGCUGAGCUUCUAGCAGAGGGAAUGGAAAGCACAUGGAAAGUAUGUUUGGGCACUGACAUCACCCACUUUUUGAGUGAUGUCCUUUUCCAAAUUGAGUGUCUAAGUAGUGCACCUUCCAACAAUGCUGUCUAUAAAACUGCAGUUGCUGUUACAAUGCGGGAGGCUUUGGUGGGUACCCUCUUGCCAAGCUUGGCUAUGACUGACAUAGUUGGAUUUUUUAGCGUGAUACAAAGCCAAAUCUGGGCUACUUCAUCUGAUUCACCUGUUCAUGUAAUUUCACUUAAGACUCUCAUUCGAGUUGUUCGAGGAUCUCCAAAGGCCUUAGCUCCUUACCUCGACAAGGCAAUCAGCUAUGUCCUACACACUAUGGAUCCAAGCAAUUUAAUUAUGCGUAAAGCUUGCAUUAUUAACUCAAUGAUGGCUCUGAGAGAAAUUGCACGGGUAUUUCCUAUGGUUGCUCUCAAUGAAUCAAUGACAAGAUUAGCUGUUGGUGAUGCUAUUGGGGAGAUUCAUAAUGCCACAAUUCAAGUUUAUGACAUCGAAAGUGUCACAAAAAUAAGGAUUCUUGAUGCAAGUGGACCACCAGGUCUUCCAAGUUUGAUUGAAGGCUCAUCAGAUACAAGUGCAACUGUACUGAUAACAGCUUUGAGUUUUUCACCAGAUGGAGAGGGUCUUGUCGCUUUCUCUGAGAACGGAUUGAUGAUUAGAUGGUGGUCACUAGGCAAUGCCUGGUGGGAGAGACUCAGCAGGAGUCUGACUCCUAUCCAAUGCACAAAGCUUAUCUAUGUUCCUCCAUGGGAAGGAUUUUCACCCAAUUCAGCUCGUCUAAGUAUAAUUUCAAGUAUUUUAGGACAUGACAAACAUCAAAGCUCAGAGAACAAGAGAAGAGAACUAAAUGAGGCUGAUAACUUAAAGCUCUUGCUUCAUAACCUUGACCUUUCUUACCGCCUUCAGUGGGUCAGUGGAAAAGCUAUUAAGCUUACAAGACAUAGUCAGGAGUUAGGUACAUUUCAGUUGUGAUGAAUGAGUUUGGGUUAUUAAUGUUCAAGAAUCUUGUUGAGGUGCUUUUGAGAUUACAGACUGAUGGAGUGAAAUAUGAUCCCUGGCUCAAAAAUUAGCUAGAACCAUCAUCCGGACAAUCAUUUUCUAUAACAAUUGCUUACACGGAGGGAUUCUGGGAAAAAAGUUCUAUCUAUGUCACAGGCUCGAAGUGCAUUCUGCUUUUGUGGUAGCAGCGAUUUGCAUGAUGCCUAUGAUGUAUUCAUCCAUUCACAGAUCGGAACAUACUUUGGAGUUUGUACCAAUCAAAUGUGGAGGCUCUGGUUAUUCUUUCAGAAGUCUACAAAGGUGUUUGGAUGUUCCUGGAUCCAUCGGAGUUUCCCUCAAGUUAACAGUCAGCUGACAGAUUAUACUAUGAAUCGAAGAGUCACUUGUUGAGUAGCUGGGACGGCAUGGACCUUUCUUCAACCUGCGCGUCCCUGUGAAGCUAACCGUGAUGUGUAGAUUAGAGAUCAUAUGUAUAUACAACAUUUAUAAAAGAUGCCACGUACCAGAAUGUUUGGAGUUCUUUUAAGAGAUUAAGGUUGAGAGAACGUAGUGUUGUGACCGAUGAAGAUGGAAGAGUAAGUGAGAAAAUUAAAUAAUGAAUGGUUAAGAUGAGUUGGUAGGUGAAGAUGUUGAAUUGUUGAAUGAAAUUUAAGUCCUAGUUGCUCUUAUAUUUUAGGAUAGUUGCUCUUAUAUUUUGGAUGGAGUGGGUAACAGAUAACCCAGUGGUUUUGAUUCAUGAGGUACACGGGGCUUUUAACUUUUUAUCACUUCUUGCGGUAGGAGUUUGUGGUAACUUUGUUGCCACUGGGUGUGCGAGUGGCAUAAAUUUCAAGAGGUUUAUAGAAGGAUUUAUGAAUACCUAUCCUCUCAUCCGCUGUAAUGUUACUUUCUAGCUAUAUAAUAUUA